AUGGCUAUAAAGAAGGCGGCAUCAAGCAGGCGGUUCGAAAACCUGCGCGGCGUCAUCACGUACUGGCAGCAAGAACACGAAGACUUGUGCUCGGCGUCCACAGCGUACAUCGACGGCCUCCAGGAGGAGAUCCGCCUCUUCGUCGUUUCGCGUCACCUCAUGCUGACUGAAGCAGGCGGGCGCAUGAACCAGCAGCGCCUACAAAUGUACGCCAAGCUGGCGCUCCUGAGAGGCGAACAUAGGUCCUCCCAGCUCCAGUCCUUUCGCUUGCUAUUUGUGGCGAACAUGUGUUUCUACGAUCAAACGUCUGGACGUGCCGCCACUGGCACUGGCGGCAGCGUCUCCGUAGGCACAACGCCAACGCCGAGCUUGCCGUCUCAAAUUGAUGCUGACCGCACGACUAUCGCUCCUCCGGGUCAUCGGCGAUUAUGUGCUGGGCACGUUGCGCAUCACACCCACCCUCGCGCAACGCCAACAGCCAAUCACUCCUGCGAGGUCAUGGAUAGAGGCGUCAGCAUGCCACUGUCCAGUGCCUCCAGCGUGGACGGUGCCACCAUCGGCUCCUCCGUCGAUGGAAUGUCCUAUUGCCGCAUAAGCUUCGCUCGCCUGACCUGCGCCAUUGUGCCACAACACGUACUCGACGAUCGACGUUUGCGUCGGCCAGUCUCUUCACCAGUGUGUCCAGCCGAUGCAGCGUCUGCAGGAUGGCCAUCAACGGGUCACGAUGGGCAUGUGGCCCGGGUGGGAAGAACUGCGAGGUUCCGCCCCCCGGAGUAUUGUCUCCGCAUCCCUCAAGUCUCUCAAGACGAAGAAGUUGGAAGCCAGACGGACAGAUACAGCGAGGGUCUCGCGUGCCGUUGGACGGCCGGAGCGACGGCAGAUGAGCCAUGUGGAAGGGAAGGCGAGGAGGGGGAAGAGGAGGAGGGCGAGCAGUGCGAGAAAAUGGGCAGGAGAGGGCGAAAGCGUCGCACUCACGUCCUCGCGGAGCAGCUGGCCGUCACGGUCUGGACGACGGUCAUGGUCGACACCAGCGUCGACACAACCGUGGCGACCACAGUCAGACCCGUAGAUGGCACGACCUUGGACGCCAUGCUGACCUGGAAGAGCGACGACGACGACGACGACGCCGCCGGGGGCACGCUCGCUUGCGCGCCGGGUGUGGUCUGUCCGUCUAGGGGCGCGCCAGCCGAUGGCGUCGAUGCGCCCGCCGGAGCUUGCCCGGUUCUGGUCGACGUGUGGCUCGCUGUUGGUGAUGCCUGCAACCCUGUGGAGGAUGUCGCCGACGCCAGCGAUCCCGACCCCGACAACAUCGCCCCCGUUGGUGGCGCGCCGUCUGACUCGGGCGCCGAUCCUUCCGUGCUCAUCCUGGUCAUUGCGCUGCUUGAGCCGGGUGUGCUGCCUGAGCCUGGCGCGCUGCUUGAGCCGGGUGUGCUGCCUGAGCCUGGCACGCUGCUCGAGCCAGGUGCGCUGCUCAACGCGACGCGAAAGUCGGUCGUCGUCUGCGUCACCAGCGUCGGCACCGUCGAGACAAACGUCGUCGACGACCGCACGAUUGUCGCCAGCGUACUCCGUGUCACCACCGACUCCGACACGCACCCAAUCCGGCCGACAUUCACCAGUGGCAGGUGGGGGUCGCCGCGGCCUCCGGCGAUCGUGGCGUGA